GCUAGUUAUUUAUAAAAGUUUUAUGAAUUCAAAUUAGUUAUGAUAAAUAUAAGGACCAUAUUAUAAAAUACAAAUAGUUUUAAAGUUGAGUUUGAAGUUUUGUUUUUGGAGAAUAACACCUUUAAACUUCAAAUAUAGAAUUUUAAAAAUUUCAAAAUAGAGUUUUUUUUUUGAGAUGCUCUAAACAACUUGUUUUGUUGUAUCAUAGCUCUCGCCAAAUGUAAGAAGAGAAGAGUGGCUAACAUUCAUAUUACUCAUAUGGAAAAUCAUUACAAAAUACAAUAAAUACAAAGACAGUAAGCUUAUAUAUCAAUUUAAAUAAUUUCGUAUUUCCAUAAAAUAUAAUUCACGUUAGGAUCCUCUUUAACUAAUCUAAAAAGUUAAUUAAAGAAGAACAUCGUCUGUAUUAAUAGAUGUAAUUCAUAUGUCAAUCAAGCAAUUAGAUCAUGAUAAUCAAACUAAUAGAGAAAAUCCGCCCUGCCUAACAUGCACCCGACCCGAAUCUUUUGUAUCACUUUGAGAGUCCUCUUUAGACAAAAUUACAGAAUAUUUUCAAUUUAGCUAUCAAACUUAUAUAAAUUAAUCCUUACAGUUGUAUUAUCCAGAACAUUUCAUUUUCCAUCUUCAAUAUUUUGUUCUUUGAAUAUCAGGAUGUUCGGGGCCAAAGUUCGUAAUCUCCUUGGUCCAAAACCACAACAUGUAAUAUUAGUGUAACAUCCCGAUUCCUGGUAUAUGUGAAAAUGGUUAAGAGAAUUAAUUUAGUUAUCUAUGUCAUCAAAAGUGCACUUACUUUUUCGGGCACAUAUCCGUUUAGAACUUUAAAGUUAAGCGUACUUGAAAUGAAAUUGUGAAAGGAUGGACGGCCUAUCAGAAAGUAAUUCGUGAUAUCGUGCGAGUAGUAAGGCCAAAGCACGGAGAAAAGUCAUGUGGUAAUUGCAGGAUCAGUAAACAGGACUUUAGUGUCUCAUGAAAGUUAACGUACGACUCAUCGCAUGGGAUAGAGCCAACAAGCCGAGUGAACGGGCGUGGAAGAUCUAUUAGUUUCGUUACAGUUAGUUUCGUUACAACGGUCACUCAAACUGAGGACCUCUGACAUAAUGGUUAGAGUUCUUUUCAAUUAAGCUAAUGACCUCUUUGCCAUCUUCAGUAUUGAUAUAUGCAUUUAAUCCAUCCACUAGUUCCCACAUGGCUUCCAAAAUCGAAUUCUUUGUCGCUCAGUUCCUCAAAAUACCCAUGUCCAGUAAUUACAAUGAACUAUUGUGAUUUUUUUUUCAAGCUUAUAUCCAACUUUAUCCAUUAGUAUAUUACAAUGAACAAAUGCAUGAUCCACAUAAAUUUGUUUUUGCUUUUUUCCCCAAAAUGUCUUAUAUUAAUUAGAUUUAGAUUUUUUUUUAUACUAUAUAUUAUUUGUCUAAAAUUUGUGUGUGAGACUUGGAUUAUUUCAAGAAUCCUAAAACUCAAACAACUGAUGAAUAUUACUACAAACUUUUUAUAACCACUGAAUCACUAAAAAUGGAAUAAAAUCUAACUUUGGUACUAUUAUAUUGGUUAUUUUUAUAAAAUUAAUCUAAAUUUUUAGUAAAAGUAUUAAGAUAUUUAAAAUUAUAUGAUAAUUAGAUUUAGUGGCAACUAUAUAGAUAAGAAGGUUCCAAAUAAAAACCGACACAAAGCACUUAAAAACCCUAGAAACCUUCACAACUUCUGAAAGCCGCCGUUAGUUGAGAUGACAACAAAACUACCUUUCCGCAACCUUUAAGAGUCGCCGACAGUUGACAUAUCAUAUUUUUUCUUCUGACAACAGAUCUUUCGACAACAGAUCUUCCGACAGCAGAUCUUCCAACGCUCAAUUCUCUAGGUAAUCGGAAUUUUAAAGUGAACAAAGUUGUGAAAUGGGAGGCCGAAAGAAGAUGUGGACACCGAAAGAAGUAACAGCUCUUAGAGAUGGAGUACGUAAAUACGGAAGUGGAAAGUGGAGUGGCAUACUCUCAGACAGUAAGUAUGGCCGAGCUUUGAAGGCUCGCUCAAACGUGGACCUCAAGGACAAAUGGAGAAACCUAGGUGCAGGCACAUUUGGAUCUAGGAAGAAGAAAGUUCUUGCCAUUGUGGCUGUGGCUAACGAUAAUGAUGGAGAGCAAGAGAUUGUUCCAGCAUCUCCUGUUAAUGAUGAUGAUGAAGGACUCUUUGCAAGUGUGGAUACAUUUAUAUUGGAGGCUAUUACCAGCUGGAAGAAACUUCUGCGUCCUAACAAGAAGUGGAUCUUGCAUCAUGUUGAGGAGAAAAACAGUAUGCAACCGGGUAAGAAAUGGCUUGUGGCUUCAAGACUUGAGCAUUUGGUAAAUGUUGGAACAAUAAUUAAGAAAAAUAACAGAUACACGAUAUCUCCAACCUAUGCGGCUGCAGAAGCAGAACAAAGCUCUCCUCAACUCUUAUUGGAAGGUGUCGUGAAUCAUACUAAAUCCCAAGAAGAUGGAGAAGCAUUUAAGAUAAACGGCAUGACAGAGGAAGAAGCUUCUUCAGCCGCUGCAAUAGCGUUGGAGGAAGCAGAAUUUGCAAGGGCAGAGGCUGAAGAAGCGGCUAGAGAGGCAGAUAGAGCUGAAGAAGAAGCCGAAGCUAUGCAGGAUUAUGCUAAGGCUGUGAAGGAAGUUUGGAAGAAUUUGAUGCGUAGCCAAACUUGGUGCUGAAGCUACAUAAUGUCAAAGCUUGAAUGUAACAUUGUUAUCUAUACUAUCUAAAACUUUUUCCCAUUGCUAUGUUUAUCUGUUUUUGUAAUAACUUUAGAGGUUUCUCGUAACCCAUUUACAAACUGGUUUGAAGAGAAAUAAGCAAAACCUUGGAUUUGAUGAUACCCUGCUUAUUUCUCUUUCUUUGAGUUUUGAAUUUAAGGUUGAGCCAACUUUGUUUUUGUGUUAUCAAAGAUUGCAAUGCUGAUGAAUAGAAUGCAAUCAACAUCUGAUAUACAGAGACAAGACUUGAUCAGACCAGUAGGAGAGACCAAGUCUUGUUUCAUACUGAGAAUUGUCUUCAACCAUCAUCAUCAUCAACAACAAAGCACACAAGACAGGAAGACUAAGAUGAUCAAGAAGAGAGAGAACAUUUGUUCUUGGUGAAGUUUAAUUCUUUAAAUUUGAAUGUUUUACGAGCCAAUCAAGAGUCGAAGAUCCUUUACACAAUGGCAGCAACAGAGCGGCAAUAACGUUCCCACAUGCUGAGGAAUCUUGGUUGAACGCCAAGAUCCCAUAAUUUGAUUGUAACAUUUCCUUCUGCCACUUUCCUCAUGUUAAAACCCACCUGAAUCAAUCUCAUUAUGUUAUUACAAAAAGUGGGCUAUUGAUGUCUUUCUUAAAGAUGAAUUGUAACAAAAGGAUGUAGUAUACCGUUAGAGCAUCUCCAAUGAUCUUCAUUUUUUUUCUUCAAAAUUUGAAGUUUUUCAAAAAUAAAGUAACAUGCUCAGCUCUCCAAUGGUUUGCUUCAUAUUUUUCUUCAAAAUGAAAUAUUCUAAGUAUAUUCUACCACCACUUUAUAAUUAAUUAUUAAUAAUACCGUAUACUUUUUCAAAUUUACUAAUUUUACCCAUCUGUUUUGUUUUAACAUUAAUUCGACUCAAUUACUAGUUAUUAUAAAUUAAUAAUUAUUAUAUAUAAUACAAUUAUUACACAUAAAUAAAUAAAUAAAGGAUUUUAUAAAAAGCACUAAAUACAUAUAUGUCUUAAGUGAUUAAAAAUGUGUUUUAAAACAAAUAUUGAGCUUAUUUUAUUCUAAAUUCUUUUAAAUUGAACAUAAAAUUCUUAGAAAUCAAUAAUUUCAUAUUCUUCAUUAUUAACAUUCAAUUAGAUAAAAGGAAUAGUGUACAAUUUGAAAUUAAUUGGAUGACAUUAAAACUUUUAAUUUGUUUAAGUAAAAAAAAUAACAAUAAAUAAAAGUUAAGGAUUAGUUUAUAAAUAAAAAAGUUCAUCUUAAAAAAAUGA